UUCCCCCCCUUGAAGAGACGAGCGUGUUCGUGUCAGGGUCCAACGCUGCCGUGUCAUUGUGCUCAGAAGGGGGAAACGCGUGGUCAGCACUACAGUUGGCUUCACUGCAGCGUUUCUGGUACCUGGUUGUUUGCAAAACCAAUCAUGGAUACAGACAAAAGAGAGGUUUUAGAUGUGCCAGCAACUCAAAAUCAAGAGGAGAUGGUAAUGGAACAAGAAGCAAUGGUGCAACCCACAGAGCCUGAGAAUCCACCAGCUGCUGUGGAGGUAGUUGACCAGCUGGUGGUGAAAAGCCAAGAAUCAGAAAAGCCAGUUGUGGUAGAAAAUGUGACGCAGGAAAAUAAAGAAGGCAACAUGGAAAAGCCAGAAGAGGAGUCGGUGCCCCGUGCAGCGGCACCAGUAGAAUCAGCUGAGUCAUCGGUAAAGGUCUCUGACCCAGCUGCAGUUUUAGAACAGCAACCUGUGCAAGAGAAUAUUGCAGAGCCUGUGCAAGUCCAUCUGGCAGAGACCACCCCUGGACCAGAGCCAGAGAAACCAGCAGAAUCUCUACCACAACAGAAAACUGUACCCGAACCAGCUGUGGAGAAGCCAAUUGAAACCCAGACACCCAGCAAAGAGACGGAACCAGAACAAGCAAAGACUGAGGAUGAAAUGCCCACCGCAGUGGAGACAAAGAUGGAAAAAGAAGCAAUUGCCGAAACGGUUGUGGUGACUGAAGCUUCACCUGAGAAGUUGGCAGAGGCAGCAGCAGCAGCAAUGGAGAAAGUGCAAUUGGGCGAAAGUGGGGAACCUGCCCCGACCCAGAAGGAAUCUGGCAAGUCUGAAUCUGCUAUUCCUGAGGAACUGACGGUAGAAGCUGAAGCUGUUAAAUCUGUGCAGAAAGAACCAGAGCCUCAAAAGGAAGAAGAUCCUGUUCCUGCUCCCAACUCGCUUUCUUUUGCCCUCCUGGAACACGAGGAAACGAAAGAUGCCCUACGAAUUUCUCGCACGCUUAUUGUCCUCAGGGGCCUUCCUGGAAGCGGCAAAAGCUUUUUGGCACGCGCCAUAGCAGACGCCUACAAAGACCAGUGUUCCGUGUUCUGUGCUGAUGACCACAACAUAAAGCCUGAAAAUCCCUCUGCUGAAGGGUACAAAGCUCUGGAUGAUGCUGUAGUGGCUCGCUGCUGUGACGGGGCGGCGUCCUCUGUGCUGAUCGUGGUGGAUGAUACCAACCACACCCACGAUCGGCUCGCCCGCCUGGGAGAGAUUGCAGAAGAACACAAUCUUGUCGCCAUCUUCUUGGAGCCGCAAACCGAAUGGAGCAGAGACUUGAGUCAGCUGAAAAAGAAGACUGGCCGUGGACUAGAGGAGGCCCACCUGGAUGCAAUGAAGGGUCCACUCAAUGAAACAUCCCUUCCUCUUUAUUUCGGCUGGUUUCUUUUCUCCUCAGUACAGGACAAGGUCGGGUGCACAGCAAUGGACUUCUUGAAAACAUUGGACACCCUGGAAGGCUUCAAAAACCACAUUGCUGACUUCACAGAACAACCUGAGAAGGAGGUGGAUCUGGAGCAGUACUUUGAGACCAAGGGGAUCCUCCACUGCACUACAAAGUUCUGCGACUAUGGGAAAGCAGACGGUGCGAGCGAGUAUGCAAAGAAUCCAGUGGUUAAGAAGUGCUACGGCUCUGUGUUCGAGCUGUCGCUGACGGCUCUCUUCGUCACCCCUCGCACCGUUGGUGCCAGAGUGUGCCUCACCGAUGAGCAGCUCAAGCUUUGGCCAGCGGAUACAGAAAAGGAGUCGGAGGCAGAUGUUCCCGGAUCCGCGGCACUGCCUGUCGGAAGCCGUGCCCACAUUACGCUGGGUUGUGCGAAGGAUGUGGAGCCGGUUCAAACGGGCUUAGAUCUGCUCCAAAUCCUAACCCUGCCUACAGGCGAGGUGGUCGAAGAGAUGGAGCUCGGCUCGCUGCGAUACUACGGUGAAGGAAGGUGGAUGCUCGACCUCAGAGAGCCAAUUUGUGCUGCGGCUUGCUUCUCCAGCUUCUACGGACGCAAGGAGCAGGAGGAGCAGCAGCAGUCGCCUAAAAGAGAACCAGAAAAGAAAAAGGCGAAGAAGUGUGCUAUUCUGUAGAUGGAAACGGUUGUCAGGGGGUGUGGCUUGUGAAUUAAAACUUAGGCUUACUUUGUGAAAGAUUGGUGUUUGUUUUUGUGCAGCAUUUAGGGCUUCAGUUGUAGCCACCCUAAAUCCACAAAUGAUGUGCCUUUAUAAUGUUGAUUUGCACCCACAACCCAAGAUGCCUUAGAUGGAGUUAGGCAUGUUAUUGGUUCAGUAUUUUUUUUUUUUUUCAUCACACUGUCCUGUUAGCUGCAGUUUCUCCUAGGAUAGCCUCCUUCCACAGCCCCACAGUGUAUUUAAAAACCUAGGCUUUCUUCUACAUAGGCCAAUGUUCACACUAGAUACUGAUUGCAUGCAUCGCUGGUUUGUUUUCCAUAAAUUACUGGAUUAAUGUGCUAAACAUAGCUCUGUUUCCUUUGCUGUAGUUUCAUAAUUCUACAGUAUGUGUGUUUGUGCAGCUUAGGAAGUAAUGGUGAUUAGCUUCUGGACCAAAGUUGCAUAUUAAGUGUUGGAUUCAAUGUCAGUUGUAGAGAGUCUUCCUUGUAAAUCUCUGGCCUGUGCUAGCCUUCAGAGGGAGAAUGCUGAUAAAGUUGGCUUUUUUUUUUUUUUUUUUUCAGCAGCUUGCAUUUGUUGCUUAUGAAAUGCUGUGAAUCUAAGCCAAUGUUUUGCAAUCUUUUCUACUGCGCAAUCCUCUUUUGAAGAGUACUUCCAUGUCCUGCUCUUUGGUUUGUAGGCUGUAACUGUAAUUUUCCUAAAGUCCUACUUUGUGUAGCUCUUAUGAAUCACUAUUUUUGCACUUGUUUUGUACACUCAAUAAAGAGAAACAUGCUUUGCUGUAA